GAGAAAAUCAAAAGCAGAUUAACUCUUGAGCCUCUUGAGCAUCCAUUGGAAAGCUCACUUUGUAGGUUGCCCAGUAGUAUGGGUGAAACUCGCAUCCCUCCUGGUUUUGAAGGUUUGAUGAAACUAAAUUCUAGUAAUAGAGCACCCAAAGCCCCAAGUGCAGAGGAGAAAAAUUUUUUGAAUGAGAGAAGAAUUGUGAGUCAAGUAAAAGAGGAGAUUGGCUGUCAGGGUAUCUUGCAAAUAGCUUUUGGAGUUAGUAGUCCACAACGUCAAGGAUCUAUAGAAGAUUACAGUUCACGAGGAUCUCAAAAACAGCACCAGGUUUUGGCAUGUCAUUUGGCAAAUGAUCCUUCAGCUGCUUGUCCUCCUCCCUGUUUGUCAGUAAAGGGGACUAAAGUUGGAUCGGUAAUUAAAAUUGAAGGAAAUGACAAUGAAAAACCCUUUGAAAUGAGAGAGAAGAAAGGUCUGCAAAGUACGUUAUUCCUUAGCAAGGACAAAUCUAAAAUGGUUGCUGGUUCGUUUAAUGGUCCUUGUGCUGUAGAGGUCAAAGCUGAAAUGCAGGCGGUAGAUGAUAGAGUAAAUAACAGUCAUGGACUCCAUGCCAGAUUGCCCAGCAACAUGGAGACAUCACAAUGUUUGAGGCCUGUUGCUUCAACUAGGGUAAACCUGAGUGUAGCUGGGAGGUCAAGGGGGAAUACUGGUGCUGCUAGUGCUGGUGGGCUAAUUCGUGACAAAUUAGGAAAGUGGAUUGUCGGCUACAAUCUUAACUUGGGCAGGUGCAGUUCUUUAUCAACAGAUCUGUGGGCUCUGUUUCAGGGAAUAAAGUUUACAUGGGAUAGAGGGUAUAGGAAAGUUCUGGUAGAGUCUGACUGCGUUGCUGCAGUGGAAUGUUUAAGGAAAGCCCCCUCUCUGCUGAAUUCUAAUAUAGCCCUCAUUAAGAGCUGCAGAGAUCUUCUCAAUCGUAAGUGGGAUUGCAAAGUCCAUCCUAUCCGAAGGGAAGAGAACUUGUGUGCUAAUUGGUUAGCUACUCAUGUUGAAGGCUGUUCACCGGGAUUGUCAAUCAUUAAGGAGCCACCUUUGGAACUAAAUCCUCUUCUGGAAAAUGAUUGCGUACGGGUUGCUCGUGCUCACGAUUCCCCAUCUGCAGUGUCCUUUAGCGACCGUAAAUCCCACUGAAUUAUUGAAUGUGAGAAAAGGACAGAUAUUUCUCCGUUACCGAGUACAGUAGCUCAUAUACUAUACACCUUUGUAAAGCCUCAAUCAUGGAAUCCAACUUUUUUGUCUAGUUGUAAAAAGUCAGGGUGUCUACCUGUUAGUUUGAAGUAUGGUAGGCUUUAUAAACAGAGUUUACCUGUAGGGUAAAUAUUUUUUGUUAUCCUCUAGGCGGCUGCCUCGCACAUUUGUUUCAACGACUGACUUGUGACUGAAUUAUCUAGUAGCUUAUCAUUGUGCCAUAGC